AUGUACUCCAUCCUCAAGCUCAUCAUCAGUCUGCUGCUGUUUCUGUGGCUUCCAGUGGCGACUGGGUUUGUUUCAAUCUCAUCAUCAUCGUCAUCAGGACGUUUUUCAAGCACACGGAGAAACCUCGCUGCUAUUACGCCCGACCAAAUUGAUGCCCUGACAAGUAGUUCGCAUUCCAUUGCAGGAUUACUGAAACAAAUUAAUCCCGACAAUGCUAAAGCCGAGUUCUUCUUUCUCUUUGGCGCCGGUUCUGGAGCUGGUGGCAUUGGCAUUGCUCAAAUACCGCGCAUUGUCAAGGAAGUCAGUCUGAUUCGAACACUCUCCCAAGAACAGGGAGCACCGGCACCCGACGAAGAGACUGUUCCAACGGGUCCCCUGGUCUCGUUGCUGUAUCCCAACAAAUUGUCCGUCAAGGAUGUCCAAUCGGUCGUGCAGUCCAUCCCAGCGGCGGCCAAAAUCAAUGAACAGGGAGAAUCCACGUCCUUUUUUGCCUCCAAGGGAUAUAUCAUUCAGGAAGAUUUUCUAUUGGCAUUGUCGCGACAAAAGAACAAUAACAACAAGCCAUUGACGAGCUAUGCGGCCUUUCAAGCCGUCUCCAAGGGAACGGGCAAGACCGUGUCACCCGACGAUGUCGAUACUCGAGUGGCAGAGUACAAGCAGGAUUUGCAACAAUUCACGGCCGACUUUGAAACAUCCGCGUACACCAAAUUGGGAUCGUAUGCGGCAUUGGCAUUUCUGCUCUUUGUCACUUUUGAUUUGAUUAUUGAAACUGGAAUUCAGGCUUUCUUGGUCAAUUAA